AUGGCCUCGACUAAGCUGAUCGUUGUGGUUGGUGCCACCGGUAACCAAGGUGGCUCGGUUGCCGACGUCUUCCUGUCUGCCCCUGGCUGGCGAGUUCGGGCUCUUACACGAAACCCCUCGAGCGCCAAAGCCAAAGCUCUCGCCGCCCGCGGUGCAGAAGUCGUUGCCGCCGACAUGGAUGUCCCAUCGACGCUCGAACCUGCUCUUCAAGGCGCAAACGCCGUCUUCCUCGUCAGCGACUUCUGGGGCUUGUACGGAGAUCCAGCCAACAAGGACAAGGCCAAGCCAGGACAGCCGCUCAACGUAUGGGCCGCGGACCACGAGGUCCAACAGCUGAAGAAUGUCAUUGACAUUGUAGCAAAGCUCCCGACCCUGGAGCGCUUUGUGUACUCGUCGCUUUCGAACGCGACGAGGUGGUCCUUUGGGAAGUACACCCAUGUGUACCAUUUUGACUCCAAGGCUAGGGCGGAAGACUACGCAAGGGAGACUUAUCCCGAUUUGUGGGCGAAGACGAGUAUCUUCCAGGCUGGUUGGUUCCUGAGCAAUUUUAUCGUUAACCCGAUUUUGGAGUUUGUCAAGGGAGAUGAUGGCGUUGCCCGAUUCACCGGCAACCUAGAUGUAGACGUCAAAUUCCCCUUCAUUGCCGCUGAAGAGGAUUCAGGCCCCUUUGUCAAGGCUCUAGUCGAUGAGCCCGCAGGCAAGAAUGUUAUCGCUUAUAGAGAGUGGCUCACUAUCCGAGAGGUUGCGGCCAUCCUUUCCCAGGUAAUCGGUAUUCCGACCGAAGCUGUGCAGCUGCCAAAGGGCCAGUCCAAGGUGACUGAGCCACCUGAGCUCAAGUUGGAGUUGGAUGAUAACUUUGCGUAUUGGAGCGAAUAUGGCUAUGAAGGGCGGGCUGACCCUACCAUUAUUCAUCCAAAGGACUUGCCAACCCUAGUUGAGCUCGAUACCGUGUUUGACUAUUUCAAGAAGCAGGACUGGACCAAGCUGAAGGCUUAG